CCCUCCCGGUGCGCGCGCCCGCCGGUGCCGCGGAGGAAGAGGAGGAGGUCGAGGCCGAAGCUGAAGCCGGAGGAUGGACAGCACGGGGAAGGAGCGGGAGGCCGUGCAGCUGAUGGCGGAGGCCGAGAAGCGGGUGAAGGGCUCCCACUCCUUCCUGCGGGGGCUCUUCGGGGGCAACACUAGGGUGGAGGAAGCCUGUGAGAUGUACACCAGGGCUGCCAACAUGUUCAAGAUCGCCAAAAACUGGAGUGCUGCAGGGAACGCAUUUUGCCAGGCAGCCAAGCUGCACAUGCAGCUGCAGAGCAAACAUGAUUCUGCCACCAGCUUCGUGGAUGCCGGGAAUGCCUACAAAAAAGCUGACCCCCAAGAGGCCAUCAACUGCUUAAAUGCAGCUAUCGAUAUCUACACCGACAUGGGCCGGUUCACCAUUGCUGCCAAGCACCACAUCACCAUUGCUGAGAUCUACGAGGCCGAGCUGGUGGACAUUGAGAAGGCGAUUGCACACUAUGAGCAGGCUGCCGACUAUUACAAAGGAGAGGAGUCCAACAGCUCAGCCAACAAGUGUCUGCUGAAGGUGGCUGCCUACGCUGCGCAGCUGGAGCAGUACCAGAAGGCAAUAGAAAUCUAUGAGCAGGUUGGAACGAACACGAUGGAUAAUCCUUUGCUUAAAUACAGCGCUAAAGAGUAUUUCUUCAAAGCUGCUCUGUGCCACUUCAUCGUGGAUGAGCUGAACGCAAAGCUUGCCCUUGAGAAAUAUGAAGAAAUGUUCCCAGCGUUCACAGACUCACGGGAGUGCAAGCUAUUGAAAAAACUGCUGGAAGCUCAUGAGGAGCAGAACAGCGAGGCGUACACUGAGGCGGUUAAAGAAUUCGAUUCGAUAUCGCGGUUGGAUCAGUGGCUCACAACCAUGUUGCUUCGCAUCAAGAAGUCGAUCCAGGGAGAAGGGGACGGGGACCUGAAGUGAAUUGUGCGUGGUGUUUGUGGCAUGCAGCCUCAGUCAUCUGUUCGUGUGUUACCGCCGAGGACCACUAUGGGAUAUGUGAUGCAAUACCUAGCUUUAUUUUGUUGCUUACAAACCCGACGAGUUGUGUGUUUCUUUAGUAUCCUGCUCUUUGUUGUGACAACAUGGGUAGAUGGGAUGUGAUGCUCUGGGUGGCACUGGCAGGUCUUUCUGAGGUAAAAGCAGCAGAAAUCCCUUCUUGGUUUUGGUAGCUGGGAGCCCAACUUCUGCACUUGCAGCUACUUUUCUUUCCUGCUCUCCUGUUUUAAGGCUCAGCACCAUUGAUUCCAGCAUGGAAACAGUCUGGUACAAACAGUUGCUUCUGACCAUUUGCUGUUUUGUUACUGUUUCUGUUUCUCAAUGGACUUCGUUGUUUUUUUAAAAAAAGAUUGCUUUUAACGAUGCUAGUGAAAGGCUUUGUGAUGCUUCCGUGCAGCGUGUGUGUGUGUGCAUCCUGUGCACCCAGAAUGACCUCCUGCUGAGCACCUCAGGGGACAGGGUGGCUGAGACUGGUGUCAGCCACCACAGGUAGCCCUGGUUAACGGUGUGGUUUGUAUUUCAGAUAUAAAGAUUAUAAAAAUGUAAGGUUAUUUUCUUGGAGCUAUUUUUCUAACUUUUCAUUUACACGACCUCCCGCUGCCUUCUGUUAGUGCAGGUCCUGCGUGGUGCCCCCUUGUGUGAAGGUGUUGACUGAGAAUUUCAUCUCAGGCAGAAACCUUGUUUGAGUUGUCUGGGUGACAGAUGACUCCCAGUUUGCUUUGAAAAGGUGUAGACACGUUUAAAAAUUCCUGCGGUAAUUUUAGCAACGUGUUUCAAAACGUCUGUGCCCCAGGCUGUUCCGUGCAGUGCUUUGUUUCCCUGGGGAUGAUUAAGCUACCCAUUAUUUUAGGAGUAUGUAUUAAGGACUUGGGAGCCUGUGCAAUUUGUCAGGAGGGGGUUGUCACUCAUUAUUUCUCCGCAAUGAAGUGAUUUUCAGCUGCGCUGCUGACAUGUAAAGAAUGAAAGAGUUAUUAAUUAAUUGCUUUAUUUGGUGCAACUGCCAAUGUGGGCCCUCUUUCAUGGCCCAAGCAGGGAUACUGGAGUAGCCCCUGGCAGGCACUGCUGUCCCAGGUGGGCUUCACCUCUUGUUUUUCUUGCUGAAGUGAUUGUCUUUGCUUGUGUUCUGGCAGGCAGUUUCUUCAGUUUGUUUCUAAUCUAGAUAUUUGAGUUGAAGUUGGUUUGGCUUAUUAGUCUAAGGGGUUUAGUUCUGUCACAGUGGUACUUUAUCUCUACCACUGGUUUAAAAAGAAAACCAAAAACUGCUCCUUGUAUAUGCCAAAUUAUUAUUAUUUUUUUGUUUUCUUGACUGAUGUCACUGGUCACACUUUCUGUAGACUGUUUUGUGCAUCUUAACAUGCUAGAAAGACCUGUGAGCUGUGCAGAACUGGCACGGAGUGCAUGGAAAAUGCCUGGUCAAUGCUCCUGCUUCCAAGCACCUUCAGCUCCCUCACUCCUCAGCUGAGUUUUUAAGGCUGCUGCUGCUCCCAUCAGCCUCCAUCCACAACAAAACCGUUGCUUUAACUUAGGCCACCAUGUGUCACCUCUGCCUGUCCCACAAACAUGGACAGACGGUUCCUGUCCUUUGUGUCCUUGUGCCACCAGGUAGCAUGGUCUUCUUGCUGAAGUUGGCUUAGCUGCAGAUUUGCUCUCAUCUUGGACACAAGGGCUCAAAUCUGGAACUGCUGAACUUGCCUGUGGUAAAUGGACAGGGGUGGAAGGAUUUUGUUCAAUGACCCCUUUCUGUAGCAAGCAAAGCCCCAGAGUAUUAACAGCUUUUGCCUUCCCUUGUACCCAGCACCUCUAGGCAAAGGGAAGCUCAGGCUGCAAGGCUUCCUUUCCUAGUGUCAGCAGAACCCAUGCAAGUGUUUUUUGCUCUUUUUUUUUUUUGUUAACUUUUCCAGGUGUCACGUGUUACACACAGCUGUGAUGAGCUGUGUACGGAGCUGGUGGACCAGAAGACCGUACCCAUGGGGUCGUGUGGUCUGUAACUGUGCUCUGGAGUAAUACCAUUAAAAUACACAUUAGUUCUGUAGAAGUAGGCUGCAGCAUGUCCUCCAGUGUGUCAGUGGUAAAUUGUGACAGUUUUAAAAAUGACAAUCUGCCACUCUGCUGUAUUCCCCCCAGUACACAACUCUGUACUCUGAAAACUUAUUAAUGAAAUGGCCUUAGCAAGAAUAUAAUGUUUUGUGUGAAUCUGUACAUGAAUAAAGUGAAAAAUCAUAAA